AUGGCGAGGCGACUAGCGAGAGGAAGAGGUUUUCCGGCUCCUCUUGUUCAACCGAGGGAGGAUAAGAGGAGAGCGAGAGAGAGAGAGAGAGAGAGAGAGAGAGCUUCGACUGAGGUGAUGGAGCUUCUGCGGAUACCACUAUCCCUACCGAUUCUUGGAGACAGCUGCCUGCCACUUCUCUCAGGAAGUGUGUUUCCUUUGCUCAGACAGUACUGUGUCUAUGGAACACAUGAUUCCCUAACCUGGAGCAGCUUACAAACCACCAGGAGAAAGCAGAACCUGAAUGGGGGUCGGUGGUCUGCACAGUGUGCGACGAGUCACGAUGGAGCUUCUGUCUCACAUGUAAAUGGUGCUCCAAAGGAUUCGCCUUUGCCGGAUAGUUUGCUUCGUGAUGCUCGCAUCCUCUAUUGUGCAUCUCCUGCCAUGGGUCAUAACAAGGAAGCACAUCCAGAAUCAAACAAAAGAGUGCCAGCAAUAGUUGAUGCUCUCGAAAAAUUGGAGCUUACACCAAAGCAUCGGGGUUCACAGGUUCUUGAAAUCCAAAAUUUCUACCCUGCUUCACUUGAUGAUGUUGCACGAGUUCAUUCAAGAACAUACAUCACUGGACUUGAAAAGGCUAUGAGUAAGGCUUUGGAUGAAGGUUUGAUAUUCAUCGAAGGAACUGGACCAACAUAUGCUACACAGACUACUUUCACAGAAUCACUUCUUUCAGCUGGUGCUGGAAUUACAUUGGUUGAUUCAGUGGUUGCAGCAUCAAAGCUGGGCCUAAGUCCACCUCUUGGAUUUGCGCUAAUAAGGCCACCCGGACACCAUGCUGUUCCUGAAGGUCCCAUGGGCUUUUGCGUCUUUGGGAACAUUGCAGUUGCAGCUCGGUACGCUCAGUGUCAACAUGGAUUGAAGCGAGUAAUGAUAAUAGAUUUUGAUGUUCACCAUGGCAAUGGCACAUGUGAUGCCUUUUAUGACGAUCCAGACAUCUUCUUCCUCUCAACCCACCAGCUAGGAAGCUAUCCCGGUACUGGUAAGAUGAAUCUAAUUGGUCAGGGCAGUGGCGAAGGAACAACGCUGAACCUGCCAUUGCCCGGUGGCUCAGGUGACUACUCAAUGAGGUGCGCCUUUGAUGAGGUCAUUGCUCCAUCUGCGCAGCGGUUCAAGCCCGAUAUCAUCCUCGUUUCAGCUGGCUACGACGCGCACGUGCUGGACCCUCUAGCGGGUCUGCAGUUCACGACGGGCACGUUCUACAUGCUGGCGUCGAGCAUCAAGCAGCUGGCCAGGGAGCUGUGCAGCGGCCGCUGCGUCUUCUUCCUGGAAGGUGGUUACAACCUGCAGUCGCUCUCCAGCUCUGUGGCUGACACCUUCCGUGCGUUCCUCGACGAGCCCAGCCUCGCUGCUCAGUUCGACGACCCGGCAAUGUUGUACGAGGAGCCGACGCGGAGGAUCAAGGAGGCGAUCGAGAAGGUCAGGCAUCUUCACUCGCUGUAG